AUGGUCGUGGUCGUGGUCGUGGACGUGGUCGUGGACGUGGACGUGGUCGUGGACGUGGUCGUGGACGUGGUCGUGGACGUGGUCGUGGACGUGGACGCGGACGUGGUCGUUGACGUGGACGUGGUCGUGGACGUGGUCGUGGAUGUGGAUGUGGUCGUGGACGUGGUCUUGGACGUGGACGUGGACGUGGACGAAGACGUGGUCGUGGACGUGGUCGUGCACGUGGUCGUGCACGUGGUCGUGCACGUGGUCGUGGACGUGAACGUGGACGUGGUCGUGGACGUGCUCGUGGACGUGGUCGUAGUCGUGGGUGUGGACGUGGUCGUGGACGUGGACGUGGACGUACUCGUAGACGUAGACGUGGACGUCGUCGCAGACGUGGUCGUGGGUCGUGGACGUGACGUGGACGUGGUCGUAGGCGUGGUUGUGGACGUGGUCCUGGACGUGGACGUGGUCGUGGACGUGGUCGUGGACGUGGAUGUGGACGUGGACGAAGACGUGGUCGUGGACGUGGUCGUGCACGUGGUCGUGCACGUGGACGUGGACGUGGUCGUGGACGUGGUCGUGGGCGUGGUCGUGGACGUGGUCAUGGACGUGGUCGUAGUCGUGGGGGUGGACGUGGUCGUGGACGUGGACGUACUCGUGAACGUGGACGUGGAAGUGGUCGCAGACGUGGUCGUGGACGUGGUCGUGGACGUGGUCGUGGACAUGGACGUGGACGUGGACGUGGUCGUUGACGUGGUCGUGGACGUGGUCGUUGACGUGGACGUGGACGUGAUCGUGGACGUGGUCGUGGACGUGGUCGUGAACGUGGUCGUGGAUGUGGUCGUGCACGUGGACGUGGACGUGGACGUGGACGUGAACGUGGUCGUGGACGUGGUCGUGGACGUGAACGUGAACGUGGUCGUGGACGUGGUCGUGGACGUGAACAAGGACGUGGACGUGGACGUGGUCGUCGACGUGGACGUGGUCGUCAACGUGGACGUGGUCAUCGACGUGGUCGUGGACGUGGACGUGGACGUGGUCGUAGACGUGGUCGUGGACGUGGUCGUGGACGUGGUCGUGGACGUGCUCGUGGACGUGGAUGUGGACGUGGUCGUGGACGUGGUCGUGGACAUGGUCGUGGACGUGGGUCGUGGAUGUGGUCGUGGACGUGGUCGUGGACGUGGUCGUGGACGUGGACGUGGACGUGGUCAUUAA